AUGGUUAAUGGACAUGAUGUGGCUGAAGAUCCAGCGAAAGAAACAGAGAAGAUGCAGGGAGAUAAAGCAGGUCCAACGGGUCCUUCUCCAAGCGGAGCCUUGGAGGGCCUAGCCGGCACCAUUACCUCCAACGAGUGGAGCUCUCCCACCUCCCCUGAGGGGAGCAACGUCUCCGAGGGCAGUGAGGCUUUGGACAAACCCAUCGACAAUGAUGCAGAGGGCGUGUGGAGCCCUGACAUUGAGCAGAGCUUCCAAGAGGCCCUUGCCAUCUACCCACCCUGUGGCAGGUGCAAGAUCGUCUUAUCAGAUGAGGGCAAGAUGUAUGGCCGUAAUGAGCUGUUUGCUCGCUAUAUUAAGCUCCGGAUGGGGAAAACUCGAACCAGGAAACAGGUAUCUAGCCACAUCCAGGUGCUGGCCCGUCGUAAAGCCCGGGUGAUCCAAGCCAAGUUAAAGGAUCAGGCAGCUAAGGACAAAGCCCUGCAGAAUAUGGCUACCAUGUCAUCCGCUCAGAUCAUCUCUGCUACCGCCUUCCACAAUAAAAUGGCCCUUACCCGUGGACCAGCCUACCCAGCAGUCUCAGGGUUUUGGCAAGGAACUUUGCCAGGCCAAGCCGGAACUUCCCAUGAUGUGAAACCUUUCUCUCAACAAACCUAUGCUGUUCAGCCUCCGCUCCCUUUGCCAGGGUUUGAAUCUCCUGCUGGGUCCACUCUGUCGCCAUCAGCCCCUCCAUGGCAAGGCCAAAGUGUGGCCAGCUCCAAGCUAUGGAUGUUGGAGUUCUCUGCCUUCUUGGAGCAGCAACAGGACCCAGACACGUAUAACAAGCACCUAUUUGUACACAUUGGCCAGUCCAGUCCCAGCUACAGCGACCCCUACCUCGAAGCGGUGGACAUCCACCAGAUCUACGACAAAUUCCCUGAUAAGAACGGAGGACUCAAGGAACUCUUUGAAAGAGGGCCCUCAAAUGCCUUCUUCCUCGUCAAGUUCUGGGCUGACCUCAACACCAACAUGGAGGACGAAGGCAGCUCUUUUUAUGGUGUCUCCAGUCAGUAUGAGAGUCCUGAGAACAUGAUCAUCACCUGCUCCACCAAAGUCUGCUCCUUUGGCAAACAAGUUGUGGAGAAAGUAGAGACAGAGUACGCCCACUGUGAGAAUGGCCACUACUCCUACCGAAUUCACCGGUCUCCUCUCUGUGAAUAUAUGAUCAACUUCAUCCAUAAGCUAAAGCACCUGCCAGAGAAAUACAUGAUGAACAGCGUAUUGGAGAACUUCACUAUUCUGCAGGUGGUGACCAACAGAGAUACCCAGGAAACCUUAUUGUGUAUUGUAUAUGUGUUUGAAGUGUCCACAAGUGAGCACGGAGCUCAACAUCAUAUCUACCGGCUGGUGAAAGAAUGACAGACUUGGGGAUGGAGGAUGAGAAGAGCCAGGCUGUAUGUGUACAGUGAAAGUAUGGAGAUCUGGUCUAUGCCUGAUGUUCAGAAUCAAGAAGAGAACAUUUUCCCUCCUUCCCAAGAGCAAACAUAAUCCCCUAACCUCAA